AUGUCUGCAGGAUCCAAGCGGAAAAGAGAGCCCGAGCUGAUGGUUGCAGACGAGAAUCUGUCUGCGGCAUCUGACAUGUGGAAGAAAUGCUUCGGAAAGGACGGCAACUUCACAGUCAUCGUGGAGGAGCUUUCGGGUGAAGCUCACCAGGAUACUGAGGGCAAGUUAGCCACAAAGCGUACGGAGUUUAAGGUUUGGUCUUCCCUGCUUGCCCAGUGGUCUCCUGUCUUUGAAAAGAUGGUGGGCUCCGACAGCUAUGCCGAGUCGCAGAGGGCAGAGGUCGUCAUCCAAGACUUCUCGGCCGGCGCUGUUGAGCUGUUCCUGCGCUUCAUGUACUCCGGGAGCAUUGGGGGCUCCAUCGCAGUAGUGGUGGAGGUGGCAGCGCUGGCAGACAAGUACCAGGUCAAGGCUUUGCAUGCUUCGUGUCUCCAGAUCGUUCGGGAUGCCCUCAAGCCUGACAUAGCCUGUGAGGUCCUGGCAUCUGCUGACCGACUUCACGUGGACGACUUGCGAGCAGCGGCUUUCGAUCUCAUCCUCAUGAAGCCGGAAGCGGCCCUGAAAGAGCGACCCUCCCUCCGGCCGGAGCUCUUGGAAGAGAUCCUGGGCUCAGGCCUCCUCUGCGUUUCCGCCGAAGUUUUGCGGAAGACCCUCCGGAGCUGGGGAAGGAAGGACUGCGACUCCCUGGAAGCGGCCAUCAACAUCCGAGCACAUAAUGAGUACACGACAGACGCACUGUUCAGACUCUCGACCCACUACGAACAUGCCGGGAAGAUUGGCAUUUUUAUGGGCUGUUGGGUGGUAGCAAUCGUGGGGCCUGAGCAGGGCAAGGUUAUGAACGAGCAAGAUCUCAGAUCCAUAGCGUGCAAUGACAAGCCAUUCUCGCUUCGAAAAGGGUGGGUGCAGUGGUUCCUUCCCCAAGCCUGGGUUCACCUUUUGGGCUUUUCCUUCGAAGAUUCAUCAGAUUAUGACUAUGAUGGGGAGAUCAAGGCAUCAUCCGCGGUAUCUUUCCUGAUCUGGUCUUCCGCAGAUGGCGCUUCGUGGCACCUCACGUUGGAGUCGCACAAGAGAGAGAUAUAUAGUAGCACCUUCAUGCAUUGCAAGAGACCUCCGACCCUGGUGAAGUACUUUAAGCUGGAAGUCCUGGAGGGCGAGCUUGUCAACAUCUAUUUCAACAUCCACGGUAUCUUGCAGACAUCCAUCGUCCGUCCUAGCUGA